GGCAGCGAGGGAGGCGCGUCGGCCCGGGAAGUCGCGCGCACACUCGGCUCCGGGGACAGACGUUUAACUCUUGCCAAGUCUCGCCGCCUCUGCGGCUCGCGGGCCUCGGGCUUUUCCCCCCUGAAGCAUGAGCCUUUCCUCCCGCAGCCGCCAACGCUGCGCGGGUCGCGGACAGGGCGCGCCGGGGCUCCAGGCGCGCGGCCUCAAGAUCCCUUGCGCCCGGAGCCCGGAAGCUUGCGGCAGGCGAUCUGUGGGUGACUGUGUCUGCGAGAGACUUUGCCAUACCAUUCUGCCGGAAUUUGGAGAGAAAGAACCAGCCGCUUCCAGUCCCCUCCCCCUCCGCCACCAUUUCGGACACCCCGCACAGUCUCGUUUUGGGGUACCCCGUGACUUCCAGGCAGCACUCGAGGUACACUGGCCCCGGCUCGGGCGACCACCUGUCUCGGACGUGUUGAUUCAUCUCCCAUGACCCUGCGGUGCCUGGAGUCCUCCGGGAAUGGAGCGGACAGGACGCGGAGCCAGUGGGGGACCGCGGGGUCGCCGGAGGAACAGUCCCCCGAGGCGGCGCUUCUGGCGAAGGCCCUGCGCGAGCUCAGUCAAACAGGAUGGUACUGGGGAAGUAUGACUGUUAAUGAAGCCAAAGAGAAAUUAAAAGAGGCGCCAGAAGGAACUUUCUUGAUUAGAGAUAGUUCACAUUCAGACUACCUACUCACUAUAUCUGUUAAGACGUCAGCUGGACCGACUAACCUGCGGAUUGAGUACCAAGAUGGGAAAUUCAGAUUGGAUUCUAUCAUAUGUGUCAAAUCCAAGCUCAAACAGUUUGACAGCGUGGUUCAUCUGAUCGACUACUAUGUCCAGAUGUGCAAGGAUAAACGGACAGGCCCAGAAGCCCCCCGGAAUGGGACCGUUCACCUGUACCUGACCAAACCUCUGUAUACAUCAGCACCGACUCUGCAGCAUUUCUGUCGACUCGCCAUUAACAAAUGUACCGGUACGAUCUGGGGACUGCCUUUACCAACACGACUCAAAGAUUACUUGGAAGAAUAUAAAUUCCAGAGACUCAAGAUCUUUUUGCCGACGUUGCACUGUCUGUGGCAAUUGUUUGACAAUUUAAAGGGCUCCCAGGAGUUGCAUGCAAUACAAUCUUAGGACACGCAAUAAAGCCCACCAGACUCUGGACAAGCUCCACAGGUGAGACCAGAAGAGAAGCUGCCUUCCCUCGCUGAUUGCUUUAACCCAAGUUAAGACCAAGUUCAGGAUCCCAUGCUUGCAGAAGCGAUUGACAGGCACCGCAGGAGAAACUACAUCUGGGGGAUUUCUCACCAGGAUCUACUGAUCUCACUUCAAUCUAAUAUGGAACACAAAUGUUGGUUUGGUUGACCAAAACAAAAGCACUGAGAGUGCCCAGCACCCUUGUGGACAUAAUACACAUAGUUUCAGUUUGGUAUCUCUCGCUAGGAAGGUGAUGCUGGCUGUUUCCUGAUGAAUCCUGUCGGCUCUAAAAGCUUCCUCACUGAACACCUGUAGCAGGGGUUGGCUCAAACAGCGUGGGAAACUGUACCUGUUCAGGGCUCAAUUACUGAACACUUUCUUUUCUUUCUGUUCUUCUGAACUGGAAGAUUCUAAACAAACAAACAAACAAACAAACAAACAACCCCAGAAAACUAAAAUUGAAUUUCUGUUGCUGUUGUUCCAGGGCGGAUGGGACUGUGAUAAUAAUGUCCUUGUACAAAUAGGGUGUACAUGAAGGAAGACAUGCUUCUUUAAAAAUUCAAUAUGCCAGUGAUCUGCAGUUUUAUUCUCUAGAAUAACAACAACAAAAGGAUUUGUCCAAUCUAAUAUUUAUAUGCUUGAAAGUUUUCAAACGAUCACAUAUCAAAAUUAGCUAUAAUGAUUAUGAUUAAAAGCAUUUUUAGCUGGGUACACUGGCAUGGGCACGUGAUUUCAGUUACUUGGGAAGCUGAGUCAGGAGUGUUAUAAGUUGGCAAGGGUCACAAGGCUUGCCCGGGAUGCAGAGUUCAAAUCCAGGCUGGGCAGCUCAGUGAGACCAUGUCUCAAAAUAAAAAGUGUGAAAAGGGCUGGGAUGUAGCCUUGAAUUCUUAGGAGCCUGUGUGAAAUCCAAGGCUCAAUCUGUGAUACAGAUGCAAUCACAUUUUAAAAGUAAUUACAGUUAGAAAGACAAACGUGCCUGGAUUCAUCUGGGUCAAGGUGCAAGCGGUUCCCUCUUAUCUUCUUACUCACGGGACAUUGUCCUUGCACUCCUGGCCCAAGAUGGCUCUUGAUUCUUACAUUAUUUCCUUUCUCCCAGCUAUGUUCAAAUACCUGACAAAGGCAACUUAAGGGAGGGAGGGUUUGUCUCACGGUUAGAGAGGACUGUCCAUCAUAGUGGGAAAAGCACAGCAGGCGCAGGAGGCAGCCGGUUACAAUGUAGCUUCAUGCCGGAGGGAGAGGAACGUUGGAAUUCCACUCCCCUCCUCCACUUUGUUCCGUCUAGGGCCAUAGUCCUGGGGUUGAUGGCAUCUGCAAUUUGGGACUGGGUUUUCCCUACUCAGUUAAGCCUUUUGGGGAACACCCUCUUAAACACACCCACAGGUGUUGAUUCUAAAGCCCACCAAAUUAAUAGGCUUGAUGAAGAUUAACCAUUUUCCCUUUAUAACCUUUAACUGCUGCUCAUAUUUCUUUGGCCAAAAUGGGAUUGCCUGAGCCCAUCUGACUGCAAGGGAAGUUGGGAAAUGUAGUCUUUGUUCUGUACAGCCAUGUUUGACCAACUGUAAAACUAGGUUUCUAGGGCUGGGGAGAUGGCUCAGCUAAGUGCCCGUUGAGCAAACGUGAAUAUAAGUGUUUGGGUGCCCAGCAAACAUGCAAAAGUUGGUUGUGUCUAUAUCCCCAGCCUUAUCAGGGAGGAGACAGGGAGACCUCUGAAGCUCCCUCAUCAGCUAGCUGUGCAAAAUUGAUCAGGCCCAGGUUCAGUGAAAGACCUGAUCUAAAUUUUAAGAUAGAAAGCCAUUGUGGAAGUCACACAGUGCUAACCUCUGGUUUUCCCAUAUGUGUGCACACAUGAACAAGUGCAUUGCACUUAUACACACAACACACAUGCACAAACCUUUAAACUUCAAUCCUAAUAGAAGAAGAGAUAGUUACUUGGAGUCACUUAGACAUCUGUGGCUUCUUUUUUUUUUUUCCCCCAAAACUAGGAGUCAGGUACAAAUGAAUGCAUUCAUUAUUCAAGAAAAAGAGAGAUCAAGUUACUUUCUGAGGAAACACAGGGCUAGUUCUUUGUGAACCUUUUGGGUGUGACUUUGUUUCUGUUCCCUUUGUAUUUGUCUCUCAUUUUUUUGCAUUCUAGGACUAGAAUCAUGGUGGAGAUACCUCUGCCUUCUUGGGACUGCCACAGCACACUGGUACCUCAUCUCACCAUACCACUUAAGAUGUCUAGGAAGGUGCCCCAUGCAUUUCCUUCAAAGUUCAAAGCAAGCACGUAUUUAAUUUUUUGUUCAAGGAAUUCUAUGAUACUUAUUGAGCAAUGGGUAGUACGUUUGAGUGUUGCUUAAUCAAAACUGGGAACUAGACCAAGGGAGCACCAGUCUUUGGUUUGAUUCAGAUUAUACCUGACUUGUAGUUAGAUUAGAAAAUCCAUUCCUAAAACUUCUCUCCUUUCCUUCCUUCUUUCUUCCUCCUAUGUUCUACCCAAUUUUGUUUUGUUUUGUUUUUUGCUUAUUUGUUUUUAGCUUUUUGAUAUAAGGUCCCAGAUAUCUCAGGCAAGCCUUGAACUCACAAGAUAUCCAAAAGUGGCCUGAAUUCUGAAUCCUUGUUCUCCAUCUCCCAAAUAUUGCUAUUACAGAUGUGUGCCACCUGCCCUUGAGAUCUUUUUAAUGAAGAAGGAAAUACUUCCAAGUACGUGGGAACUAGAUCCAGGAUGAUUAAGAGCUCAGAGGGCUACAUAGGGACUUUGAAGCUAGCCUGGGCUAUAUCAUACACACACACACACACACACACACACACACACACACUUCAAUAAAAAAAGAGAAAAAUUUUUAAAAAGAUAUUGUUUCUAUAUUUUUUCCCCCAGAGGACAAUGUUGAUACAAAGACAAUUUCCUAAGGUGGCAGAUUUUCUAGAAAGAAUUUUAUUAAAGAGAAAAAAAAAAACACCAUUGAAAACAGAUGUUGUUCUUCUACAUCAUCUAACCACUGGCAUCUUCCAUGGAGCAAAAUUUGGCAGGAGGUUUUGGUUCUGGGUUCCCCAACCCCCAGAGCACAAUUUCCAACAGAUGCUAUCUGUGCACUGGAAACAAAAUUUGAAACAGGGAAACCUGACUUGUCGAAGUUCGAAUCUGGGGUUUUCCAAGCUCGUGUUCCAGAUGCAGAGGACUUGCCCCAGAAGGCCUGUGGUAGAAGUCACAUUUGCAGAGUCAGGUCCACCUUUGGUAGCAAAAAUCACCAAGAUUUUAAAAACCUUUAUAACCAAAAGAUGUUAAUUUAAUGCUGCAUUUUAAAAAUAAAUGUUAAAAAUGAUCAAGGUGAGCAAAUGUCAUAUCUACAUUUAUUUUUAUUC